ACUACGCAACAGGAACUCAUUUGAGAGAAGAAAAGAAUCAUCAGAAACAGCAAAACUACCAAAGAAUCAAUGCUUAGAUUUUCUCAUUAUUUUUACUUUUUUUGUGUGGGGGACACAAGGAUCAAUGAUUUUUUGUUCCUCCAAGAUUUCAGACUAUACACUGUUCAUACGUGUUUUCUUGAUUGGACGAGGAAGUGAAAAAUUCCCCCAUAUGAGCUAUUGCACUUUAAUGCUCAAGUUUCACUCCUGACUCGGGAGUUGCCUUGUAAUGAGCUCUCACUGGAGCUCUGGAAAGAGAAGUUUCCAGCUGCAGUAAGAUUUAUUUCAUUUUGUGCCAAGAGGGAAAAGAAAUUCUACAAAGAACUAAAAUGUUGAUGAUGCAGACAUUUGCUUAAGGGUGUUGCACCUGGGAGACAAAGAAAAAGAAUAAGGAGGAGAGAGAAGGCGGCUCAAAGAAAGAGUAUCAGGAUGGGGAACUUUUGCCAGAAACACUGCCCUUGUUUUGUGUCUUGUGCUCCUUGGCUACUCCAAGAGAGAGACUGUGAACAGAGUGAGAAAUACAAGACUGGCCAAGUCAUCCACAAUCCAGCCUUGGUAGGGAAUGACUUGCAGCCACGCAGCCUCUCCCAGGGAACAUGGAAUAUGCCUGAGCCAGACAACAAAUAUAAAACAAAGCCUCUUCCUCCUCUGCCUUGUCCAAAGCAGAAAAACUGCAGGUUUGUGGCAUUGUUUGACUACCAGGCCCGCACUGAGGAGGAUCUGAGCUUCUGUGCCGGGGAUAAGCUUGAGGUACUGGAUUCAUCCCAAGAAGGCUGGUGGUAUGCUAGGCUUCUCCUGGAGAGUGGGUCAACACGAACUGGUCGCAAGCUCCAAGGCUACAUCCCUGCCAAUUAUGUAGCUGCUGAUGAAAGCAUUGAGGCUGAGCCAUGGUUUUUUGGCUCAAUCAAACGAGCAGAUGCAGAGAAACAACUGCUAUACCCCGGAAACCAGAAAGGAGCCUUCCUAAUUCGAGAAAGUGAAAGUUUAAAAGGAGAAUUCUCACUUUCAGUUUUUGAUGGAACAACUGUGAAACACUACAGGAUCAGAAAGAUGGAUGAAGGGACCUUUUUUUUAAGCAGAAGGAAGAUUUUUAAAACCUUGAAAGAUUUUGUUGACUACUAUAGUAAGGAUGGUGAUGGACUCUGUGUAACACUUGGGAACCCAUGUAUAAAGAAAGAAAUUCCUACUCCUUUUGAUUUGUCAUACAAAACGGUGGAUCAUUGGGAGAUUGACCGAAAAUCUCUGAAACUGUUGAAAAAAUUAGGCUCUGGCCAGUUUGGUGAGGUGUGGGAAGGAUUAUGGAAUCACAAUACCCCAGUGGCUAUUAAAACAUUGAAGCCAGGUUCAAUGGAUCCACAAGACUUCCUGAGGGAGGCACAAAUAAUGAAGAACCUGAGACAUCCGAAGCUUAUACAGCUCUAUGCGGUUUGCACUUUAGAGGAUCCAAUUUAUAUUAUUACUGAGCUGAUGAGACAUGGAAGUCUGUUAGAAUACCUCCAAAAAGAUGCAGGCUCACAGAUCCAUCUGCCUCAACAAACAGAUAUGGCAGCUCAAGUUGCCUCAGGAAUGGCUUACCUCGAAUCCCAGAACUAUAUCCACCGGGAUCUGGCAGCCAGGAAUGUCCUUGUUGGGGAACACAAUGUUUACAAAGUGGCAGAUUUUGGCCUUGCCAGAGUUUUUAAGGUUGGAAAUGAAAAUAUAUAUGAGGCUAAACAUGAAACAAAACUCCCAGUGAAAUGGACUGCUCCUGAAGCAAUCCGCUCCAGUAAGUUUACCAUCAAGUCUGAUGUGUGGUCAUUUGGAAUACUUCUAUUUGAAAUAAUGACAUAUGGAAAAAUGCCAUAUCCUGAGCCAAGAAGAACCAAGAACCAAGGAGAGAACCAAGGAGAAAAUAUCAAAGACUCAUAUGUACCUGCAGGAAGCAAACAUAUAUAGCCUUCUGGAGCUCAGCAACAAAACUGUUGAAUGUACCUGCAAGAAUACAUUACCCAGUUCAGUCUCUGAAAGAUGUUCAAUUACAGCAGGGUGGGCAGUUAUUUUGGGUAGAGGGCCACUUAACAAGUUUUGAUGAGCUGUCAAGGGCUGCAUGGUUAGCGCUGCCCCUUGACAGUUGCCCCACUCCCGGUCACCGUCUUGGGACUAGAAGUCUCACUCCUAGCUCCUGACCUUCGCCCCUGGAAGUCCUUCCUCUUGACCCGCCCCAGAAAUACUCCUUCUUGAAGGAGAGGGGCGCUUGCCAUCUUAGAACCAGAAAAAAAAAACAAAUCAUACAGUAAAGGCCAAGCACCUACAAUAACGUAUUUUAAUUUUAUUACAAAAAAUAUUUUUUCAUGAUUCAUGUUUGUGUACUAUAUAUAGAGGGGAUUCCAUAAUAACUCAAAAAUACAUUCUUGGUCUUGCAUAUUGUGGGGGUGUUUGGUUGUGUGUGUGUGUAUGGUGGGGUGUAUAUGUGUGUGUGUGUGUCUGGUAGGGCAUAGGAGUGGGGGGUUUGAGAGGUAUGGCUGUGUGUGUGGGGGGCAUAGGGUAUGUUGGGAGUUGUGUAUAUGUGGGGAGUUGUUGGGGAAGGGUAUGGGUGUGUGGCAUUUGUUGGGUGUGAGGGAGGGUGAGGCAUGUGCCCCUCCUCCCCCCCCCCCCAUGGCACAGCAGCAGCAGGCUAGGGCACUCAGGGUGCUUGUGUUGGCACAGGCUCUGGUGCCCAGCAGGAUGUAGUUCCAGCCAGUGCUGCACAGCAUGAGAGGCACAGCCUCCACUGGGCAGUCUCUGUCACUGGUGCUCCCCACCACGCAUGCACAGGGAAACCCCAUGCACUGGAGCUGGCUGCCUUCCCUGCCAGGGCUACACAGCAUGGGGGGGAAGCCCCAGGAGCCUUCCUCUGGGAAUGAGGAAGGCACCCAGAUCCAGUACCUGAAGCUUCCCUUCUGGUGUGUGUAGAGCUGGCAGUGAUGAGCUAUAUGAAAGUGGACUGGUUUGGUAACCCCCAUCCUGCUAAGGUGGUGAAGUGGUAUGGUGGUGGGGAGCACCAUGAGGUCUGCUAAGGGGGGAGGAGCAGGCAUGAUGAGCUCCAGGAGCCGGGGGGACACUGGGGGACAGGGACUGCCCUUAUCCAGGACCUGUUGGAUGUAGCCAAUAGCAGUAUUCUACAGGGUGCCCUUGACUUCCUGUACUAAGCAGCAGGACACACACAGUGUGGGCAGCUCUGCAUGCAGAGCCAGUGCAGAGGAAUCUGCCCAUCCCUGCCUGGGAUAGCAAGGACAUCCCUGAUAUGGAUGAUGCUGGCCAGGCCAAUCCUUUUGUGCACUCAUGGUAUCUGUGUCGUUGGCACCACCAACUGAGGGUUUUUCAGCAGGGGCUUGGCUAGGAUAUCUGCACACUGAACAACCAUGUGUAGGGACCUGCAGGCAGAGACCAGCCUCCAGGCCCUGAGGAGGUUCUGGUAGAACUCCAGCUGCCUGUUAAGGCCUCGUAUGGGGAUGCCUUCCAGGUAGAAUAGCUGCUGGAGCCCUUGAAGGUGGUGGAGGAAUGUAUGUCCUAUUGGGCACCUUGUCACUUGGUUACUGGCACCAUAAAGGAGCCUCUGGAGGACCUGAAGGCAGAAGGUGUGGACCUGACUGUGGAGGUAGACCAGGUGAUGGUCCCUUCACACAAAAGGAGCCUCAGGACACCUGCAGAGACCCAGUGCCCAUCUCUGGAAGUGAGCCAGAAGCUCAGUGGCCAUGGGAGCCCAGGUGGCUGGAGACUGCAGGGAGCAGACAUGGGAAAUAGGAAUCGGCACAGUGCUGAUGCUGUCUCUGCCCCAGCUCUGAUCCCUGCCCAGCUACUGCUCCCAGGUGUGAUACCUGAUUGUAAGACAAGGCUUUGUUUUCUCCAUGAUGAAUGGGAGAAAAAUUCAUCUUGAAAUCAAGUAAAGAUGGUAAAUUGUUUAAUAGUCCUUUGCUAAGAUUAUCACAUUACGAUUAAGCUUCCACUUGAGAGAGCAGAACCUUUAGUUUUGUAGUGAGGUACAGAGUGUUUAUUAAACAGCAACAACAAUAAAAAGUAGGACCCUUGAUGAUGAUUGUAAAGCUUGUUUUGCAGAAAUAAAAAGAAAAGGGAGAAAUAAAAAAGUAUCGUAUCAUAAUGCUAAGAGUGUCUAUGUCUGUUUGUGGGUAGGAGGGAAUAAGAAUUUAGGCCUGACAGAAAAACACUACUCAUGCUGAAGGAGGCACUGGAGAAGUCUGUGGCAUUAUCUUCUCAGGAAAAACAAGAAAAUAUUGCAUUAUAUAUUUAUUUUUGGUCAUUACUUUGAAAAGAGCAUCUGAACAUGUCUAUUCUGUCUAUAUGCCUAUGUACUAUAUAAUUAGGCAUGGCAGAAUUUGAUUUUUUUUAAUACUUUCAAUGGAUAAUAUUAAUGUUUAUUUUUAAGCAUUCAU